AUGGAUCGCCAGCAGGCCAGUACCGACGAUUCGGAAUAUUCUAUCACUGAAUCGAUCAAGGAUCUUGCUCCCACUGGUUUCCAGUUGGCAAAAGAUACCCUCUUUUUCCCGGAGCACAUCGCUGCCGCAAAGCCAGAAGAUAUCCUGACACGCAUGCUAUCGACUAAAUCCUACAUAUCAACUACCUCUAGCCUCGAAGAACUGAACAAUGCAUGCGGUACUGUCUACGCCAUUGUUGGAACAGAUACCGUCGCGAAACUUCCCAACUCCGCAGCCAAGGUCCCCCAACUGCUUACUGACUUCAAGAUGCACGCCUCUGUCAAGGAAGCAAUGAACGAUGUUGAAAAUCUGAUGAAACUGGACAUCCACAUUCCCAAGUUGUACAGCUGGGAAAUGGAUGUGCAGAGUUUCGCUCUGAUCUCAAGCCGUGUCUUUCCCGUCCCUCUCCCAGUCAGGGAAGCUAUAGUCGAUGUUCUUUGCCCUCCAACCCUUCAGGAGUACAAGUCGGAGUUCCCUGCCAAGCCAGAGAACAAGCACUGCUUGAUUCGAGUCUAUCUCGGACGCCGAAUGAGGAACAGGACCGACCCGAAUGUGAAGGAUUUCAAAUUACGCAAUUUCCCGCUACAUGUCAACGAAAUGGAGGAUUUGCAGCUGGACACCUCUGCGUUUGCCCAGGUCAUGGCUCAAACCCUGGCCAUUCUACACUGGAAAGCCGGCGUUGAUGGCAAUGACGUAGAGUUCAUUCUUGGUAGCUCCCCCUUGUUGUCUCUAAUACCGCGGUCAGAUGAGAUUACGGGAGAGGAUGAGUGCUCGCUAGGACAUCGAUUUGACCUUUCUCGUCAGUCAAUCAGCCUGUGGCUUAUCGAUUUUAAUAUGUGCGCAAAGUUCGAGAAGAGCCCUGCAGGUCUGAAACUACUCGUGGACGGUUUUAUCUGGAAUGACCCCUACUACCCAUCACCCGAGUUGACCACUGCUAAGGAUAAAAAGCUUUGGUCUGAGAUUCGCAAGCGGUACCUUGAGGUUAGCCGUGUUCUGACUACGAGCGCAAUGCCUGGGCAAUUCACUGCCGAAAUUGAGAACCGAGGACGUAAGACAAAUGUCGGGGAGCUUUUCUGA